AUGGAAAUCUCUGACAAAAUUCGAAUAGUUGUAGUGGGAGAUCCUGGUGUGAAAUCGAAUUUUAACUUUGGAAAAACGAGUCUAGUUCAUAUACUUUGUCAUAAUGAAGCAUUAAGGCAUCCUUCAUAUACAAUCGGAUGUACGGUUGACGUAAAGAUUCACGUUAAUGCUCGCGCACACAAAUCAUAUUUCGUAGAAUUUAUUGACGUUGGAGGGUCUUCCAAGCAUAAAUCUUCACGUAAUAUGUUUUAUCAUCAGAUAAAUGGCAUCAUAUUAGUACAUGAUGUUAGUAACAGAAAAUCGUAUUAUAAUUUAUGGAAUUGGAUUUCCGAAAUCAUAGAAUCUGAAGGAUAUAAGGAAUUUGAAAAGUCAAGUAGUUUGGGGUCCAGUUGGAAUGGCAAUGGCAGUGGUUGUUGGGGGGCCGCGAGUGGAGGUGGAAGUAAUACGUUGAACUCAAACCUUAAUGGAAAUAUAAAUGGAUUAUCUUCCAAUGCUUAUAAUGGUUAUAAGAAAAACGAAGAAUUUAAACUGUCCUUAAGUGAACGAUCUUUGAAUAUCCCUCUUUUAGUGGUUGGAACUAAAGCGGAUCUUGUUAAACAUGAGCUAACAGGACGGCAACGACGAUAUAGUAUUAUCGAUGAAUUUGGUGCCCCUACACAAUUCGCACAAAAUUCCAUAGCAGUGGAUAAGAUCAAUUCAUUUUUUGAUCAAGUCAUAGAUAAAAAAUAUGGAAUUACUUUAGAUCAUUUACCAAGUCCAACGUUAGGAACCUUUGCAGCUUCAUCAUCAACCUCUUUAUCAACGGGAGGGAUCAUUACAAACAGAGAAGAUCGAAGGCGUGGGUUACAAAAUGUUGUAGUAUCGGGAAGUAAUUCGUCAAGUCAUAGCAUAAUAAAUGGAUUACCAAGUCCUGGAUUACCUCCCAGUUAUAUUACACAAAAUAGUGUUAAUACGAAUAGGUUAGGGGUUAGUAUAACAAAGGAUUUCUCUCCAAGGAAGCAAAGUUGGAAUGGGUUCAGAAAUCCCGCAACAUAUUCACAUCAGCCUAUAACAAAUGAUGAUAUAGGAAUUAAUAAAUUAUUAAGGCCCACCUCAAAUAAUUCAAGAGAAUUUUUAAAUAUUAAGUCAUUAAAAACUUCUAAUUCUUCAUCGAAUUUACGAGACAUUUCAUCAUCACUGUCAUCAUCUGGUUCAUUAUUACGAUCAAGUUCUGCUUCAAAUUUACGUGAAAAAGCAGAAAUUGUUGGAAAAGUUAACAGAAAUAACGGAGAAAGUGGCACAACUUCGAAUAUGUAA